CUACAAUACAAAAGGAUGGGGCGACGAAACUUCAUGAAGCAUUUUCUUCGUGGUUUGGUCACUUGCACGAAUCAUUCUUAGACUCAUCUGUAGUCGGACACGGAAACGAUUUUUAUGGAAAACCAUCAAAGGAGCUGAGACAAGUUUGUAGUGGAUUCAAUGUGGUAUACUUUGAUCGGAAAAGCAUCUAGCGCGCGUACACCACGGUGGUCGCAAGGCCAGGUUCCACUGAGCAUGCGCAUUCGAGUGGCACGAAGUAUGGAUUUAGUCUGGAAAGGAGAUUUAGUCUGGGCAAAGAUGAGGGGCUACUCUCAUUGGCCAGCAAGGGUCGAACGGAGCACAGUCCAAGGAAAGUACGAGGUGUACUUUUAUGGAACGCACCAAAUGUGAGAGUGGUUACUUUUCAGGCAAGGAGUUAUUUUCAUUUGAAGACCAUAAGACUAAAUACAACAAGCCAUUGAAGAACAAGGGUUUUCUGGAAGCAUUAAAUGAGAUUGAAAAUAACCCAGAUAUUAAGGAUCUAAAUGAGCUGUCUGACGAGGAUGGAAGCAGUGGCAGUGAGGACUACCAACAGGAGAAACAGAUUGAAAAUAACCCAGAUAUUGAGGAUCCAAAUGAGCUGUCUGACGAGGAUGGAAGCAGUGGCAAUGAGGACUACCAACAGGAGAAACAGCAGUCAAGAGAUGCUAGAGAGGUUGGUGAGGGGCAUCAUAUGCACCCGUUUAUGUUCUGGAAUGACUCCAGGAUAAUGAAAAGGAGGAAGAGACGGCCACCACCGCCGACUAGACUUCCCGUUUCAAAACCUGACGCUUUUAUGAUGAAGAUUCAUAACACUCUUCUGAACAAGCCAGAAGCGUACGCCGUAAGGGUGUUGCGGCUUCAGGUAAAAGCAAGGAGGACACGGCGUUGUACUUGCAUCCAGUGCAAGUUCAUGUGCAAGGGCCAACAAUCCUGGGCCGCCACGUCCGGAUGAAGCACAAUUCCCGUUUCCCCAUUCCGAAAGAAUUUGCAAAAUUUAUCAACAAAGGUUUUAUCUACCUACCGCCCUCAGUAUCGCGUCUACAACACUACGUCUGCUGUUAAAUUAUCGCGUCCACAACACUAAGUCUGCUGUUAAAGUAUCGCGUCUACAGUUACGCAAUCUCUUUUAAAAGGACAACAAUGUGAGCGUUAAUGUCAUUAGUGCACAUCACUACUAUUUGCCAUAAAUUAACAUCGAUUUGUGUCACCAUUUCUGUGAUGCCCGACAAGCGGUGGCAUUUUCUAGUUGAAAUUACAACACGAUUGCCCUACAA